UUUUAUUUUUAUAUUUAAAUGCAGCGUGAUUACAGAUCAAUCCGUCAUAUUUCAUAUCACAGACCCACAUUGCACCCUAAGUAAAUUUACAUACAAAGUAUCCCUAGUCACUAUGGAGUCCAAAACAGAGAUGUCGGCAGCUGAUGACAAUGACAUUUACGAUGAUGACGGCAUUAGCACCGGAGGAGAAGCACCCCCAUUCAGAAAUAAUGGCCGCUACUGCUGGGGUGGCAUGACCAAAUGCGCUUUUAUUGGCUUGUGCGUGUUUAUAGGGUUCGCUGUCUUCAUCGCUAUCAUGGUACCCGUUAUUUUCAUCAGUGUCGGAGCCAGUAUGGCACAGUCUACAACCGAUAACACAGUCAUUACGAUCACGAACUCCUCAUUGACCUACUGGGGCCAGAACUACAAGACUAGCUGUAGUCCUAAAGGUGAUUGUGGGGCACGACUUGCGGAAGAUGAUGAAGGCAACUCCACGUGCAACAUCAUUGCAACUCCAGUGUGUAACGCUGUACCCACUACUAUCCCCAAUCUGAUGGUUCUCAAUCAGACUCUAAAGUUUAGUAACGUUGCUAUCCCCGGUGUCCUUCAAGCCGGACGUUACGAUAUGCUUUACACCAAUGAGAACACUGGUGAUCCCGAUAACUACCCAUCAUCUGACGGGUUGAUCCUCAUUGGCGACUUGUAUGUACCCGAGCUUGAUUUGCACGGCCUUGAGAACAACGAGGUCACAAUCCCGGACGUUGAGGUUAUUUUGCGUGUGCGUAACCCAGAAUUCUUUUCCAGUAUGUCUGCCUUGGCUUCUGCUCCUGGUAUGAAAGGAAUUUGGAACCAGCAGGCCGGAAGCGCCAUUGUGGAGGCCAAUAUAUUAGGCACCAAGAUGUACUACAAGGCCAGCAUGGCUUCUUGGAUCUACAACAAGAAUCUAAACCAAUGUGAUGGUCCCAUGGCGUUGCUCCCUCCUUUCUCAAGUAAAUGCCCAUGCAAGAACGAUUGCAUCGAUAUGGCGGCUGGACAUUAAAGUAUAUAGUAUGAUUUGAUGUGUGGACUAUGGUAUGUACAUCCAUAUAGACGCUUCUGCGACUAUUCCUUAGACCAACAUAAGUCGGUAAGAAAAUAAAGUAUAUAUUUAGAAGCAUGGCCGAGAAGGAGUAGAAAUUUCAAAGUCAUAGAGGAUCAGGGACUCAGGGUGAGACAGUCGUCAGUCUGGCCCUGGAGCUGCUGUACACUAAAAAACAAAAAUAAAAACAAAAUUCAUACC